AUGCCAUUACAAGAAGGAUCAUCGUCACAGACCCAAUAUAGACAAUCAUCGAGACUUCGUGAGUCAAACCGCGAGGAAAUAUUGUUUGGGCCCUCAUUUGGGUCUGCAAAAUCUAGAACUAGGCCUAUAUUAUCCACCGUAAACCUAUCAUGGGGGGUGCUAUUGAGCGCUGUUAUCCUGGUUAUCUCAUCGAUUAUCGUCUUUCUCCUUGGGGUUAACAUCGUGAUACUCUACAGGACUAUGAAUGUUCAUAAUAUGAUAAAUGUACUAUUGAAAACAGGACUCAUUGUGAUUAGCUUGCUGGCAAUAUACUUUGUGAAUGCAUUCAAUGUAUGGUUUUUUAGGAAGAUGGUAUCUCCAUCUUCAGCAGGCAGAUAUUCAAUACUGCGUGGUGGGGAAUCCUUCGAGCUAGAAGAACGGGAGAGGUAG